UGGUGGGGCACCUGAAUGCACGAGGGAUACGCAUACAAAGACAGCGUGUCCAGGAAUCCAUGCGGCGCGUUGAUCCAGGUGGAGGCGAGUAGAAGAAGGCGUAGGAAGUACUUUGUACCAGCACCGAACAGUUUAUGGCACAUCGACGGAAAUCACAAACUGAUUAGGUGGCGUUUUGUUGUGCAUGGUGGUAUUGACGGCUUUAGUCGUCUCAUCGUGUACUUGAGUGCUGCCACCAACAAUCGGGCAGCAACAGUUUUAAGAAGCUUUUUGGAAGCCGCCAAUGUCUACGGUGUGCCAUCACGUGUGAGGUCAGAUAAAGGUGGAGAAAAUGUUGACGUUGCACGCUACAUGGUGGCAAACCGAGGAGAGAACAGGAAUUCACACAUUGCUGGCAGGAGUGUCCAUAAUCAAAGGAUAGAAAGGCUCUGGAGAGACGUUUAUGUGGGAGUGCUGGAUCUCUUCUACACAAUGUUUUUCAACCUAGAGAGAGAAGGCCUUCUCAAUCCCGACUGUGAAGUGCAUCUCUAUGCUCUGCACUGGUGCUUUGUGCCCCACAUACAGAAGCACCUGCAGUUUUUCCAGCAAGGCUGGAACUGCCACCGACUAAGCACUGAGGGAAACCGGUCCCCACUGCAACUGUGGACUCGCCAUGAGCGUGAGGCCCAGCAGGAACCUAUACAUGUUGACAUUGAGUUUGGAGUUGACUGGACUGGACCAUGUGCUCAUCGCCAGCCUCAUGUUGUGGUUCCUGAAGUUCAGCUGCAAUGUUCACUGACUGACCAGGAAGUGGAAAGACUUCCAGACCCUGAUGGCCCUCUGUCCAAUGUGUGGAAUGUCUAUGUACAAACUGUGGGCUUAUUGACUGAAAUGCUACAGUAAAUGUGUGUGUAUCAAAAGGCUGUUGCUGUGGGAAAUGUAGUCUUUUAAAGUUUCGACUAGGACGAUUAGGUGACAAUAUUUGACUGAGUUACAUGAAGACGCUGGUACAGUACUCUUUGUAAUGUCCUGGAAGUU